AUGUCAAAAAUUGUUCAAAUUCAAAAUCAACAAACUCAACAAGAAUUAAAAGAUCCUCAAAAUUCAAUAAUCCCAUUAAAAUCAGACUUGGCUAAAGUUCAAAAUCAAAAAAUUAAUAAAAAAUGGCCAUUUUGGUAUGGUGGAUUUGGUGGUGCAAUUGCUUGUAUAUGUACACAUCCUUUAGAUUUAGCAAAAGUUAGAUUACAAACCGCUUCAAUCCCAAAACCUUCAUUAUUUCAAAUGGCAUUAUCUAUAUGGAAAUUAGAUGGUUUCCAGGGGGUUUAUUCCGGUUUAAGUGCUGGUUUAUUAAGACAAGCAACUUAUUCAUUAACAAGAUUUGGUGUUUAUGAAUACUUAAAAGAAAAUUAUGUCCCAUCUGAUAAACAAAGUUCAAUGGCUUAUCUUUUACCAAUUUCAAUGAUUAGUGGUGGUGUUGGUGGGAUUGUAGGGAAUCCUGCUGAUAUUGUUAAUAUUAGAAUGCAAAAUGAUACAGGAUUACCAUUAGACAAGAGAAGAAAUUAUUCUCAUGCUUUAGAUGGUGUUGUAAGAGUUAUUAGGGAAGAAGGUUUACAAAGUUUAUUCAGAGGUUUAGGUACAAAUUUAGUUCGUGGUGUUUUGAUGACUUCAUCACAAGUUGUAACUUAUGAUUUAUCAAAAAAUUUAUUAAUUGAUUCAAUCAAAAUGGAUAAAGAUUCAAAAUUAACUUUCUUUACAGCUUCCCUGAUGGCUGGUUUAGUGGCUACUACUAUUUGUUCACCUGCUGAUGUGCUAAAAACAAGAAUUAUGAAUUCAAGUGGGUCCGGUGAAGGUGUUUUGAAGAUCUUGGGGAAUGCUUUUAAAAAUGAAGGUCCAAGUUUUAUGUUUAGAGGUUGGGUACCAAGUUUUGUUAGAUUAGGUCCAAAUACUAUUAUUACUUUCUUGGUUGUUGAACAAUUAAGAAAGUUUGAAGUGGGAUUGUAA